GCGGGGCCCCGCACAAGAGCCGGCUCCGAGGGCCCAGCCCUCCCUGCGACAGCACCCAGGAAAGCGGCGGCGGCCGCGGCGCCUCCCAGGGCCCCAGCCCCUCGGGCCUCGCCCCGGCCCCGCCGGCUCUAGCCCCUCAGGGCGCGCGGGGCCUCCCUCUACCGACAGCCACCGGACCGCCCGACGGGAAAAAACUUAGCUGUAUCCAACAAUUCAGAUAUGGCGGAAGUGAAGUCAAUGUUCCGGGAAGUUCUUCCAAAACAAGGGCAGCUGUCUGUGGAAGAUAUAACCACAAUGGUGCUGUGUAAACCCAAACUUUUACCCUUAAAAUCUCUGACUCUGGAAAAAUUGGAGAAAAUGCAGCAAGCAGCCCAGGAUACAAUUCGCCAACAAGAAAUGGCAGAAAAGGAACAACAGCAAAUAACUCACUGAAUGAUAACUUAGCACUUCUACAGAAUACCCUUAGUAUUAACAAUAGCUAGAAAAUAAUUUGCACCUGUAUGCUGAGAACAGUGUGUGUUAAUAAAACUGAUAGUGCUUAUAAAUAUAAAAAUACCCAAGACUAAUGAAACUUGUAUUGUGAAUUUAGACACUGUGGUUUGUAUUGAACAUAAGCAAUUAAAAAAACUUUGAACCCAAA